AGCCCAGUGAAGCCGCCGCCGCCGCCCCCGCCCCCCCGGGACCCGCUCACCAUAGGCCACCCCCCGCACACUCGCCCCCCCGCCAUCCAGCCCCCUUUGUCUCCCCCGCGCCGCCGCCGGCUCCGCUCCGCCCGCCCGCCCAGGGACCCGGGCGGCGCCAGGGAGGCACCUCUGCGCACCCCCACCCCCAGCCAGAGGUGCCGGGGGAGCGCCCGCCCUCGCUGCUGAGGAGAGCCCCAGUCAGGGUAGAAGUUACCAGUUGUCAGAAGAUGCCCAUUAGCAUUUUCAGAAUUGCCUUUUGAAUAUCGAAGGUUCCUGAGUCAGACCGAAGACAGCAGUAGCUGAGGUGGAUUAACGCUGGAAUGUAGUCAGGGAUUGGAACACUUGGGAGCUAUGCUUAGACAGAAAGGGAAAGAGUUUUGCAGUUAGUGUACACACCCGCCAGAUGGAGCUUCUGGCACCAGUGGAAAAUUCCAGAAAUCAAGCAAGAAUGAGAAGUGUGUGACUGACUUAGAAGAUCCCUGUCUGCUGGACUGCAGAAGAUAUUUUUUAACCUUUAAAUAAAAAAAUCAAUGGAGAGUAAGACAAACCAGCCUUACUGAUUCCUUUCACUAGAACUGUCUUCCAUAGAAGUUUUUCCUCCGAUGGGAAGUUGGAGUUCUUAGUGCAAGAGUCACCAAGCUGAAGCUAGACAGUAAGCUCCAAAAAAAGAGAUAAAACAGUUUCGUAAGCCCUUGCUGAGAAUGGCUUGUAACCACUGAAACAGCAUGUUAAGGUCUUUAGCCUAAGACUUUCCUCCAGAGGAUUUUAAGUGGGGUUUUUUUAGUACCACGUUUUAGAUGGACUUCUCUAACACCCUGUGUAAAUAUUCUUCAGGAGAGAAGUGGAGUGAAAUGUCCUUUUUGUUGGACACACGACUUGAAAUUUUUUUUGGAGGCAGCUGAUUUAAUCUCUGGAGUGAUUUUCAAAUAUUUCUAAUUUCUUUGUUUGACAAAGGGACUUUUAAGAAAUAGACUGUUUGACUGUGAGGGGGAGUUGGGGUGGUUUCAUGUGCACAGCGCUGCAGAAGUUUUACAAUGCUUUGACCAGAUAGCAAAAUACUUUUGUUGAUUUCCUUCAGUUCCAAUCAUCUUAGUUUUAAAACAAAAUGUCAGAUUUUUUCCAGAGGGUUAGAUUUGGGUUUUCUGUUCACUUUAUACCUUUCUAAUGUGCCUGGUCAGUUUGUGAUAUAGACACAAGUUAAAGGACCUUGGAUACAGACACAAGUUAAAGGGCUUGCUUGGGGGUUUGUCCUCGCUGGUGUGCUAGCAUAAGGUUGAAUUCAAGUGCUGGGUCUAAUGUGGCAGCUGUGCACACACAAUUCACUAGUUGGAGUUGAGAGGUGUUUGUUAGACCAUCACUUUACAUGGGCAGAAGCUUGGUGUUGCACAUAGUUGAGCUGAUCAGGCUGAGGAGGUGCUCGCUGUUCAAAAUGUUCAAUGAGAAUAGAGUGCUGGCUGUUACAAAACAGCCUCCGUCCUGGGAUUAUAGCGGACUUGAAAAAUGAGCCCUUAGUUGUCUGGUAUUUCAGAUGUGCUGUUAAACUGCAAAUCUCAUUACCUUCACAGGAGAUGUGGGUGCGUAGCCCUGUGAAAACUAGGCCAGCAAUGCUUAAAUGAGGAGGAAAGAGUUCAACAGAAGAAAGUGAAAAUGCUUAGUGAUAGUCAUGUUGGGAGUAGACUCUUUUUUCACUCAGUGCAGGGAGGGGAGAUAUUUAAUUGCAACUCUUACCUUUUCAAGGAAGUUUUUGGUACUUUUCAGUUCUUCCAACUUCUCUGUUCUCCCUGAUGACUCUGCUCCUGAUAUUUUUUAUUUGCUCACUCUUCCCUGAGAUACCUUCCUGCUUCCUGACUAUCACUCUUCCUUGCUCAGCUGUCCUGGAACUGUCAGGUCCCAGAGUCCCAGCCUCUACCUUCCUUGGGACAGGCCAUCCUUGUCCUUAUGUGAAUAUAGAAUAUUGUACACCAUCAUACUAUAUAGCAUCAUUUAACCUGCAUACAGGGGGAGGCUGCUUUUCUAUUGCUGUGGGAACCAUAGGUUAAUUUUCUUGCAUGUUUUUCUUACCUUCUAAGAGAUUUCAUUCAAUGUUGCACUAACAGCCGCCUUUGCAAAUCUAUUUCAUGGCUGGCCUUCUAGAGCAUGCUAUUAAAUGCAGUUAGCUCGGCAAAUUGUUAAAAGUAGACCUUAUUUUAAAUGCAGUUGGAAUAGGGAGAUAAAAAGCACAGUAUCAAGAAACUUAACAUUCUUGUUUCACUUCGUCCAGGAACAUACAGCUGCUGUCAGCUCCGAUAUAUGCUACUACACUGUGCUGUUACAUGUAAACCAAGAAAUUCUUCAACUUAAAAUACUAGCAAAAUAAGGGCUAAAAUAAAAGAAUUUUGGAUUAUAUAAAGUCAGAAGAGUGCCAGAUGCUUGAUGAUUCUUGUCAGCAACACAAUGCAGAGAAAUGAUACUCAGUUGUUGGGAGGCCCAGUGUGGGACGAAGAACUUCCCUGUGCUCAGUAUGUGUAUCUUCAGACAGAUGCACUAAUUGUCACUGAUCUGCUCUCAAGGCUGAUUGGUCCUCACCCGUUGCUUUCUGCAGUGAGGAUCCAGCGGGAAAGCGGCGAUUUGGACUGGAUAGAGAUACAGGGGCACAAAUUCUACUUUCUAGUUAGAAAAUAGUCCAGUAGGAAACAAAAUAACCCAUCAACUUUACCUAUUUGAAGAUAUGGCUAGUGGUCUUGUGAUAUUCAGUUUUGCCUCAAUGUGAAGUAUUUUAAGAAUUUUUCCCUUUUUAAAUUUCUUAGAACAUUUUAGUAUCGUCUGCUGAAACCAUACUUGCUGAAGAAAAUCAGUACUUUAAGAUGUGGAUGUUCUGUCUGAAUAAUCAACAGAGGUUAAAAUCAAACCAUUUUAAACAGUAAAAACCCUUAUUACUUGGAAAAGUAAUUAUAAAUGACUCAACAAAUUUUGCUUUUAUAAACUUUAGAUUUGGUUGUUCCAGACUUCAUGAUACUAAUGUUAUGUCUUGUGUUUCCAGUCUGUUCAAGACUGAGUUUCUGUCCAUGGGUGAUGUGAGUUGAAGAGGUAUCAGUCUUCCUACAGAAGCAUAACCAUGUACAUGCCAUUACCCCAAAUGGUUUCCUUCACAUCCUCCUACCAGCAGCAUUGUAACUGAAAAUUUUAAUCUGAAUGCUCCCCAAAUGAAUGUAUGUCCCUAGGGUUGGGGCUGACUGCCAUGUCACCUGUUUGAUCUCCUGUAGUCUGAGAAUUUCAGGUGGGGCUGUGUGUGUGUGGGAACCUUCUAGGAAAAAGUACUUGUAUUUUAUUAGUACCUCAUCUAUACAGGGUGCAGUGAUGCUGCUGGUACUAAUAGCUCCGAUGAGCUGUGAACUGAGGUCCUAACCACUUCAUUCAAAAGGUUUUAUGAAGUGUGAAUAGGAGCAUUUUGUCUCUGUAUCCUGCUGGAUAUCUGAAUUGAGUAACUUGAAAUGCGAGCACCAAAAUAUUCCUCAGGUAGCAUCACCCAGCGGAAUCUGUUGUUUAAGCCACAAACCUGCUAAAACCCUGCAGCACUGUUAACUUGCUGGAGUGCACCCUACAGUAGCUCCGUGUCAAUAAAGGUACCGUAAAUGUGGUUUGUAAUUAGCUUUGGAGUCCUUCACAGUGAAACGUACGUUAUAAAUGUAAGAUUGCCCUUAUUACAUUUCUUAUCUCUUGUCUUUAACGCUUUGUUUUGUACAGCAGGAUAUGAUCCUUCUUCUAUGUCCGGGCUUUGGCCUCACACAGUAGGUGUAAUAUAAUCGCUGAGGUGGGCGUUCUGGAAGGAGAAUUAUUUUUGGAGGCUUUUGCAUGAAACUUGUCCAAUGAGUCUGAGACGCCCAAGCACCAUUAAUUUUGGAGGAAAAAGAUGGAGUAUUGCAUGCUGGGAACAAGUGCUUUCCAUAAGUUUUCAUUUUGAUUAGACCUCUGCAAAACUCUCUUCGAAACAAAAAUUCAAAAACAAACAAACAAAAAAACCCCAAACCUGGGCCACAACUGCAGUUUGACAUUUCUGAAACAUUGCUCAAUGUGUACAGAAGAGUAUUUAAAGGAUAUUAGUAAUUGUAUAAAUUAUUUCUGUGGUCUGUUUUGUUUUCCAUGAUUUCAAAAUUGCAGAUAUUAACACCAGUAAAUUUAAAAAUGUGAAUGUGUUGGAUGACUACAGAGAAAUGAGGAAAAGGAAGCCAAUUUGUUAAAAGGUAGUCUUCACUGACACCUCUUUCAAACCAAAACAAAAAACCCCAAAUCAGCCAAAAAACCCCAAAAAGCCACACUGAUCAGGAACGCCGUCAGCAGAAACUCCAAGUAAAGAGCCCCAUUCUUUUUCCCUUUGUUCUUGUGAAUAGCAAGACGUAACAUACUUGGAGGAAGUUUGAGUAGAUGAGUCAGGACUUAUUUCAUUAACUGCAGUUAAAUGUUUUGGCCAGGUUUCCCGAGGAAACAAAGCUUAUACAAUUUUUUCAGAUUGUGGCUUGUCUCCUAAUCCCCCCUCCCUCCUCCCAGCCAAGAAAAAAGUUGGCCAUUUUCAACCAAAUUUGGAAGAGAUGGAGGUCUGAAAAGAUAAAUAAGCACCUUUAAGCUUCAUUGUGUGUAGAUCUCCAGUAAGAGAAGAAACUAAGGUUUGAACAGUUACAAGUUUCCCUUGCACCUCUCCUAUCAGCCUGUUCCUCCAGAUGGAUGCAGCCAUGCCAGGUGGCUGCUGAAAACUGGAGGGGCUGUAGAGGAGGGGAAGGGAGCGUACUGCAGAGGCCCGGGGCUGCCUUCCCAGUGUUGGGUGUGCCACCGCAGAGGGGCCAGCUAGGUGGUGUGCCUGGAGCCCACAGCAACUGAACUUGCCUGUCGCUGUCUAAUGUGGAGCUAGCAGAGGGGUAUGAAAGAAAGAGAAGACACAGUAAAUUAUCUUGGCUUAGUAUUUGAAGUAUUCAGCUCCAAAUGAGAGUUGUUGGUGCCUGACUGAGUGCAUGUAUAGUAUAUUAUUCCAUGGAUACGAUAUUAUUACAGGUACAGCAGCAGCUCAUGAUGCCCCGUAAAGCUUUUCUUUCCCAGAAAGAAAAGCAGGCUCGUGCCAGGGAAAGGGAUAUGUUAAAAAAGAGGAGGAGGCGACAAGACUAUCUCAAAAGAAGCGUGGAGCCGCAGAAAAAUGCAGAAACAAUAAAAUGGCACAGGGAUGAUGAGAAGAGGAGAGAAAAUGAGCAAGUUAAGGACAAAGAUAUCAAGAAGCGGUGGAGACAGGAUGAGAGAGAACGACGAAAGAAUGUGGACGCUAUGAAUUGGCGCAGGGAAGAUGAGAAGAGGGAAAAUGAGCGAGAAACUAUGUUCCAACUUCCUGUCAACAACCUUGGCAGUUUAAGAAAGGCCCGGAAAACUGUGAAAAAAAUACUUAGUGACAUUGGUUUGGAAUACUGUAAAGAACAUAUAGAAGAUUUUAAGCAGUUUGAACCUAAUGACUUUUAUUUGAAAAACACUACAUGGGAAGAUGUAGGACUGUGGGACCCAUCGCUUACAAAAAAUCAGGACUAUCGGACAAAGCCCUUUUGCUGCAGUGCAUGUCCAUUUUCCUCGAAGUUCUUUUCAGCAUACAAAAGCCACUUCCGGAAUGUUCAUAGUGAAGACUUUGAAAAUAGGAUUCUCCUUAAUUGUCCUUACUGUACUUUCAAUGCGGACAAAAAGACUUUGGAAACGCACAUUAAAAUAUUUCAUGCUCCAAAUGCCAAUACACCGAGUGGAGGCAUCAGCACUUUUAAAGAUAAAAACAAACAUGAUAGCCUUAAACCUAAGCAGGCUGACAGUGUAGAACAAGCUGUUUAUUACUGUAAGAAGUGCACUUACCGAGAUCCUCUGUAUGAAAUAGUUAGAAAGCACAUUUACAGGGAACACUUUCAGCAUGUUGCCGCUCCUUACGUAGCGAAGGGAGGUGAGAAGUCACUCAAUGGUGCAGUUCCGUUAAGUUCCAGUACCCGAGAGGAGGGUAGUGUUCACUGCAAACGAUGCCUUUUUAUGCCGAAGUCAUACGAAGCUUUAGUACAGCAUGUUAUCGAAGACCACGAACGUAUAGGAUAUCAGGUGACAGCAAUGAUAGGUCACACUAACGUCGUGGUUCCGAGAUCUAAACCUUUGAUGCUAAUAGCUCCAAAACCACAGGAUAAAAAGCCUAUGGGGCUCCCUCAGAGGAUGGGUCCCCUUUCCCCUGGAAGUGUUCGAUCUCUUUCGUCGCAACAGAUGAUGAACAGACUCACUAUACCAAAGCCUACAUUGAAUUCCACCGGAGUGAAUAUGAUGUCAAAUGUUCACCUACAACAAAACAAUUACGGAGUCAAAUCAGUACCGCCGAGUUACGUUGGCCAGCCAGGGGGAAGGCUAAACUUAAGUGGCAACGCACCGGUUUCUAUCUCGCAGCAAUCGCAAACAAUGAAACAGUUCUCAGCAAGUGGAAACGGAAGGCCUUACACUCUUGGAGGGGAACAGAGAUCACAGGCCUCGGCAAGAUAUUCUCUGCAGUCUGCCAAUUCGUCUUCUCUUUCAUCAGCUCAGCUGAAACAGACGUCAUUAUCUCAGUCGCAGGCAGCUUCAAGAGUAUUAGGUCAGUCUGGUUCGAAAUCUCCUGUAGCUGCUACAGGUCCUUCCACUGUCAAUACAUCAUCCACGCAGAAGUGGAAAAUCUGUACAAUCUGUAACGAGCUGUUUCCUGAAAAUGUGUAUAGUGUCCACUUUGAAAAGGAGCACAAGGCUGAAAAGGUGCCUGCAGUAGCUAACUAUAUAAUGAAAAUUCACAAUUUCACUAGCAAAUGUCUAUACUGUAAUCGCUAUUUACCCACUGAUACAUUGCUUAAUCAUAUGUUAAUACAUGGUCUGUCUUGUCCGUAUUGCCGUUCAACCUUCAAUGAUGUCGAAAAGAUGGCUGCUCACAUGCGAAUGGUUCAUGUUGAUGAAGAAAUGGGACCUAAAACUGAUUCCACUCUAACCUUUGAUUUGACAUUGCAGCAGGGUAGUCACACGAACAUACAUCUUCUUGUAACCACCUACAACCUGAGAGAUGCUCCUGCUGAAUCCGUAGCUUACCAUGCUCAGAAUACUCCCCCAGUUCCUCCAAAACCACAGCCGAAAAUCCAGGAGAAGUCCGAUGUACCUGUAAAAAGCUCGCCACAAGCAGCAGUUCCCUACAAAAAAGACGUGGGGAAAACUCUCUGUCCUCUGUGCUUCUCAAUCCUAAAAGGACCCAUCUCUGAUGCACUUGCACAUCAUCUACGGGAGAGGCAUCAAGUAAUUCAGACAGUUCAUCCGGUUGAGAAAAAGCUCACCUACAAGUGCAUUCAUUGCCUCGGUGUCUAUACUAGUAACAUGACUGCCUCAACUAUAACGCUGCACCUUGUUCACUGCAGAGGCGUUGGGAAGACCCAGAACGGCCAGGACAAAGGUACUUCGUCAUCUCGGCUAGGCCAGUCUCCGGCUGUAGCACCGGUCAAACGUACUUACGAACACAUGGAAUUCUCGCUAAUGAAGAAAAGGAAAAUGGAUGAUGACGACUCCCCCUCUGCCUUUGAGGAAAAGCCUGAAGAACCUGUAGUUCUAGCAUUGGACCCCAAGGGUCAUGAAGAUGAUUCCUAUGAAGCCAGGAAAACAUUUCUUACAAAGUAUUUUAAUAAGCAACCAUAUCCCACUAGGAGAGAGAUUGAAAAGUUGGCUGCCAGUUUGUGGCUAUGGAAAUCUGAUAUUGCAUCUCAUUUUAGUAACAAAAGGAAGAAAUGCGUUAGAGAUUGUGAAAAAUACAAACCUGGUGUGCUGCUUGGUUUCAAUAUGAAAGAGUUAAACAAGGUUAAACACGAAAUGGAUUUUGAUGCAGAAUGGCUGUUUGAAAACCAUGAUGAAAAGAAUUCCAGAGUCAAUGUUAGUAAGACUGUUGAUAAAAAGAUAAACUUAGAAAAAGACAAUGACAGUUCCUCAGACAGCUAUGAAAAUAUAGAAGAGGAAUACAAUGAAAGCGGUAGUCCAUUUGGUCAGCCUAUUUCUGACAUUGGUGGGAAAACCUCUUCUGAUAGCAUAGUGGAGAACCCAGAGGACAGCAUAUCCAAGGAAAUCAUUGAAGAAACUACAUUGCAGUCUCCAGAGAAGUCUGAUCAAAAACCAGAGGAAAGCUCUAAAUACGAAGAGAUUAUUUCUGCUGAAGAACCAACAAAACUGGUAGGUGAUGUUUCAGAUAGCGAAGGUGAUCAGGAUGAUCAAGAUGAUGCUGUUGAAUGGAAAGAUGGAGCGUCGCAGUCUGAAAGUGGGCCUGGUUCUCAGCAGGCUUCUGAUUUUGAAGAUAAUACAUCGGAAGUAAAACCAGAAGUGUGGACAGAUGAAUCCUCCCAAAGUGAAGAUGUUGGUAGCAGUAAACCGACUGUUGAGACAAAAGGGGGUGGAUCUGAAAGUGAUGAAGAACAGUCAAAGUGGAAGAAUCGUUCCUAUGGAAAAGUAGAAGAGUUUUGGUCUAAGGACCAGUCACAAUGGAAAAAUACGUCAGAGAUUGAGGAGAGCUUGUCAAAUCAGCAGAUGGAAUGGCAGAAUAGCACAAUUGACAGCGAGGACGGAGAUCAGUUUGACAGUGUGACUGACAGCGUAGCAGAACCAAUGCACAGCAGUCUAACUGGUGUGGAGCUGAGUAGCCAGCAAGCAUAAGCUGCUCGAGUCCCAAGCGUCAGCAAUAGGAUCCAGUCUACAGCUGUCUAACCCCCUUCAUUUCGGUAUGACUGCUACGCUUAAGUUCUAACUGGUACUGCCUUUCGAGUGCUAGGUCAUGGUGGGUGGUGGUUGUGGCCACUGUUAACUCCAGCGGUUAUUUAAGAUGAUCUUUAAGGUCCCUUCCAACCCAAAGCAUUCUAUGAUUUGAGGAUGCUGUUGGCUGAUCUUGUCUGAGAAUACCUGCUGGGAUGAGCACAGUGACUUACUGUGAACAGAUAAGCUGGUGGCUCCAGAAUACACACGGAGAAAAGCAGAGGUUUAUUUUAUCUGCAUUUUCAACACCCAUUUCACUCUUGUACAUGUUCAGUUGUAUGUCUUUUUAAACAUGACCCUUUUUCACAUGGUAGUGUAGGGCCAACCAUCCAAGCUACCAGUUCAACGUGUAUAGUAGACUAUGGGGAAAUUGAUUUUUUUUUCAUGUAUCAUUCUGAAUAGUUGAAAUGUAUAUUUGUACAGUCUUUUAGACCUAUUCAAGUGAAGCUUAUGAAAUUGUUCUUGUGUACUCAUCAUAGAUUUGUUUCUCUUUUUUAGUGUUGCCCUGCUGUGUAAUAAAUGCUGUAUCUAGUUUACCUAGCAAAAGCUUGAAACUGCUAUAGUAUGAAUUUUGACAAACUUAGUUUUUGCACAUAACCUUGUACAAUCUCAAAACAGAGGCCAGCAACAUAAAAAAUAUAUCUGGACUCUAUUGUAUUAUAGAAUUUUCUUGUUCUGAAUAUCCUUGACAUUACAACUGAUGACAAACGUAUUUCAGAGCCAUUUUCUGAAAUCUUUUAAGCUAAAAAAGAAAAAUCACAUGCAAGAAACGAGUUUGCAGCUACUAAUUUUGACACCUUUUAGAUCUGUAUAAAAGUGUAUUGUGUUGAAGCAGCACACUGAAACAAAAGUGCUGUGUUUUGGAUAUUUAGUUUUAUCUUUAGUUAACACCAAACAAGGUGUUGUAUUCAUUUAUACCAUCUAAUAUAUGACACACUGUUGUAGUAUGUAUAAUUUUGUGAUCUUUAUUUCCCUUUGUAUUCUUCAUUUAAGCAUCUAAAUAAAUUGCUGUAUUGUGCUUAAUGUAAA